GCCCUGACUAUCUGACGCUUGUAACGUUUUGAUUCUGCGCUUAACCAGGAACUGCUUUCGAUUGUUGGCGGGCGCCGCCAUCUUGCUCAGUGAGCUCACGAGCGGCAGUACGUGAAGCCGUUGUUAGUUAUAACAAAAUCUAUCCUCAUUGUAGUACUACAUAUUUAAUUGAUAUAUUUAUUAAUAAUAAUAUUUAAAAUCAUUCAUUUACGUUCAUAUUUAUAUUAAAUACAAUAUAAAUAAUGGCCGAACGUGAGGAUAAUGUCUACAAGGCAAAGCUUGCCGAACAGGCGGAGCGUUAUGAUGAAAUGGUUGAGGCAAUGAAAAAAGUUGCUUCCUUAGACGUCGAGUUAACUGUAGAGGAGAGAAAUUUAUUGUCUGUUGCAUACAAGAAUGUUAUUGGUGCUAGAAGAGCUUCCUGGCGGAUAAUUUCUAGUAUCGAACAAAAAGAAGAAAAUAAAGGAGCGGAAGAAAAACUCGAAAUGAUUCGUCAAUACAGAUCUCAAGUUGAAAAAGAGCUUAGAGACAUUUGCGCGGACAUUCUCGAUGUCCUCGAUAAGCAUCUCAUUCCUUGCGCCUCAACAGGCGAGUCCAAAGUCUUCUAUUACAAAAUGAAGGGUGAUUACCAUCGUUACCUAGCAGAAUUUGCUAUUGGCACUGACAGGAAAGAAGCCGCUGAGAAGUCCUUAAUAGCAUACAAAGAAGCGAGUGAAAUCGCAAUGACAGGACUCCCUCCUACUCAUCCAAUUCGUUUAGGAUUAGCCCUAAACUUUUCCGUCUUUUAUUAUGAGAUAUUGAAUAGUCCAGACCGAGCAUGUCGUUUGGCAAAAGCAGCUUUCGAUGAUGCCAUUGCUGAACUCGAUACUCUAUCUGAAGAGAGCUACAAAGAUUCUACCCUUAUUAUGCAACUACUCAGGGACAACCUCACUUUAUGGACCUCGGACAUGCAGGGUGAUGGUGAUGGCGAACAAAAAGAACAAACGCAAGAUGUAGACGAUCAGGAUGUAUCGUAACUUUAGUUUCAGUGAGUGUUAUUUGCGCAUACAAUUGGGACACAAUAAAAAUAAAACAACAACAAAUAAACUCUUAAUAAUUAAGUAAUUAAACAAACAAAACCAACAAAAAAUAAUAAUAAUAAUAAUAAUAAUAAAAUAAUAAUGAAAGAAUUAAAAUUGAGGGAGUUGGAUGUCGGGGUGGGAAAAAAAAGAAGAGAAAAGAGGGAGGGUUAAAACGACAAUGGAAGAGAGGGUGGAUAAUUUAAAAAAAAUAAUGUGAGAUCUUUAGUAAUUACGUGACUUACUUACAGUUAUAACUCGUUAAUAAUACAACCUUAUAAAACAUAAAAAAAAAAAAGCAAAAAAAAAAAAAACCUAUAUUUAAAAAAUUGGAAAUGAAAAUAAAUCUUGUGGUAAGUUUAAAUUUUUAACAACUAUAUUUACAAUAUGUGCACAUGUAUACAAAAACAUAAUAAUAAUUACUGAGUACAUAAAUGAAUUAAAAUAUUAAUUAUUAUUGUAUUAUGUAUUAUGUACUCUUAUUAAUUAAUGUGACAUUUUUGCGCGAAGAAACAUUAAAAAAUUUUUACAUAUCGAACGAUUUACUUAACAACUUAUUAUUAAAUGUCUUUUUUAAAUUUAUUUUUAUUAUUUCAAUUGUUCCCUUUAUUUUAUUUUUUAUGUAUACGAUUUAUUUUUCAUAAUAUUCAUUGUAUUAAAAUUUAUUUAAAUUUAAAAAAAAAAUUUACUAAAACACUAAUUAAAUUUUUUAUUAUUUUUUUUUCUUAAUUUGAAUUUAAAUAUACGUUUAUAAUGAUUUAAAAAUUUCCAUUUGUGUAAAAUGUUCCUUCUCGCAAUUCACAUACUUUAUAAAUUAUAAAUAUUAUACUUAUAAAGAAGAAAAAAAAGUAAUCAUGGUGGCUAAUACUCUACUCUUUUCGUUUUAAAACCCUCCUACUAAAAAAACAAUCGCGAUUAUUUGUAAAUCUUUUCAAGACGUUUGUUGUCCCAUAUCGAUUAUUUAAAUAACAGCGGUACGAAAUAAUUUAUGCAUUAAUUAAAAUGUAAUAAAUCGCGACGUUAAGGAAUUUAAAAUAAAAAAAAACAAUUAUAGAAUUAAGGAUCUCAAACCCAUCGCAAUAAAUAAACAAUCUCGUCGGUAAUCGUUAGCUUAGCACCUGUAAUAAAAUAAAAUAAAAAAAACUAGAGCUUA